ACAUUUCCUCCAAACACUCCAUCCCAGUUGAGUCCCCAACCAGAAAAAUAAAAGCUCUCCCUGUGAAAGUCUCCUUUUCCUACAGCAGGAAACCAGUGUAGAUGAAAGUUAGUAGUACUUGCCAGGAACAAGCUCCAUUUCAUAUUUGCAAAUACACAUAAAGGCACCCUUCAUUAACAGCACGGGGCUUCCUUUCCUCUGGGCUCCGCAGUCCACUUAGGCAGAAUUCUGAACAGCAAAUCAGCCUUCGCCAGAACACUGCAGGACCGCAGGGCAGCGACCAUGAGUGAAAUUGCCAAACAUUCCUUGGAAAAUAUCUUACCACAACUGAAAUGUCACUUUACCUGGAAUUUAUAUGAUGAAGAAAGUUCCUUACAGGAUUUAGAAGACAGAGUUCGUGAUCAGGUAGAAUUUCUAAACACAGAAUUCAAAACGAUCAUGUACAAUCUGUUUGCCUAUGUUAAACACCUCAGAGGCCAGCAUGAGGUGGCCCUGGUAUACCUUCGCAGAGCAGAGGAGUUUAAUCUGCAGCAGCAAGACCACCAAGGCAAAAUCAGAAGCAUGGUCACCUGGGGGAACUAUGCGUGGAUCUACUAUCACAUGGGCAGAUUCUCAGAAGCUCAGGUUUACAUCAACAAGGUGGAAAAACUCUGUAAGACAUUUGCAAGCUCCUAUAGAAUCGAAUGCCCUGAGAUUGAUUGUGAAGAAGGAUGGGCACUUUUAAAAUGGGGAGAAAAAUACUAUGAACGGGCUAAGGAGUGUUUUGAGAAGGCUCUGGUAGGGAAACCCACCAAUCCUGAGUUCUCCCUAGGACUGGCAAUCACACUGUACCGUCUGGGUGACGAAGCACGAACCGAAAACACCAUUCGCCUCCUGAGGCAGGCCAUCCAGCUGAAUCCUAACAACCAGUAUGUUAAUGUUCUCCUGGCUCUGACUCUUCAAAAGGUCAAGAACAAAGCCGAAGUUGAAGGAGACCAGUUGGUUGAAGAGGCCUUGAAGAAAACACCUUGUCCAACAGAUGUACUCUGUAGUGCUGCUAAAUAUUACCGGAAUAAAGGCUCCCUGGACACAGCUAUAGAAUUGCUCAAAAAGGCAUUAGAAUCAGUACCCAACAAUGUCUACCAACAUCUCCAGAUUGGAUGCUGCUACAGAGCAAAAAUUAGACAAAUACAGAGGUCAAGAAAGUGCACCACUAAUGAGGAUGAAGAAAAACUACGGGAAAUAAUGAAAAAUGCUGUGGAUCAUUUUAAGAAAGUUGUUGAGUUGAACAUCAACCUCCCCCGGGCCUGCUCGGACCUUGCCUGCCUGUAUGCUAUCACAGGCCAGUACGAUGAAGCCGAGUAUUACUUCCAGAAAGAAUUCAGUAAGGAUCUCCCUCCUUCCGAGAAACAAGUGCUCCACCUUCGGUAUGGCAACUUCCAGCAGUACCAGAGGUUGAGCGACGACGCGGCCAUCCACCAUUACCUGGCAGGCUUGAACAUACACGGGUCAUUGACUGAGAAGGGAAAACUGAUCAUAAACCUAAGGAGAAUCGCCAAUAAAAGACUCUCUGAAAAUGCCUCAGAUGCUGUGGGGUGGCAACUGUCCAGAUUCAUCCAGGAACUGAAUAGAAAGGGACAAUCAACAGCUGGAGGCCCUGGGAGAGGACUGGGAUGCCCGUUGGGCAAUCCGGCCUCAGAUGCUGGCAGAUUUGACCCUUCUGUGUCCCUGGAUGGGAUGGGUAGGAAUGAAACCUCAGAGGGUACAGGUGGGGCCCACCACCCAGCAGAGCAGAAGGCCUUCGAGAGACCUUCCUACCAGGUCUCUGCACUUCAGAGUAAAGGAGAAGAAGAAAGAGGAGUAGGAGGUCCUGUGUGUUAGUCAUGAAGGUGGGGGUGGGGAGGAAGGGGAGGCAGGCCCCAGCCGGAGAGAGCUGAGCAGAUGACUGGGCUUUUCACUUGUUUCUCUCUCUUUCAGGUUCUAAGAAUUCUCAUACAAAUGCAGAUAUUUAGAAUCAACUUUCCUUCUGUCAUAUGGAUUUUGAGCCAAAGCUCCUUUAACCAAAGCACUUGCUUUGAGAUUAUGUGACCCUGGUUUAUUCUCAUUGUGUACCAGAUUCCCCAGGAGACUCUCUGGCCCAAUGCUCUGCACAUUGGCUGGCACACAGUAGUCACUCAGUAUUUGCUGAAUAAAAAGAGACUAGAACUCCCCUGGUAACUGGUCCCACCUCCUGGCUUCUUAAACUCCAAAAUGGAUUCUUUAUAAAUCAAAGUUUUCAGUGUUCAAAAAAUAGAAAUCAUAAAAUUGCCUCAAGAAUUCUUGAGAUAAUUUUAAAAAAACCUUAGGGUCUGGAAGUUGUAGGGUCUGGAAGUUGUAUGUAUGAAACAAAAUCCCAAACUAUUAAUAAACUCAACUAUAUUACAAUAUAUCUUACAUGAAGCCAAUACCUUAAAAAAGUCCAAAGGUAAAUGACAAACUAAAUGAUAAUAUUUCUAUACAUUACUAGGUAAAAAAAAAAUAAUUUCCUUAAUAUUGAAAUAGUUCUAGUAAAUCAAGACCAAAAAGACAUCAGCCCAAGGGGAAAAAUGGGCAAAGGUCAGGAAUGGGGAGAAAAUGAAAAUAGCUUUUAUUUAUUUUUUUUUUAAUUUUUUAUUGUUGGCUGUUCAAAACAUUACAUAGUUCUUGAUAUAUCAUAUUUCACACUUUGAUUCAAGUGGGUUAUGAGCUCCCAUUUUUACCCCAUGUACAGAUUGCAGAAUCACAUCAGUUACACAUCCAUUGAUUUACAUAUUGCCAUACUAGGGUCUGUUGUGUUCUGCUGCCUUUCCUAUCCUCUACUAUCCCCCCUCCCCUCCCCUCCCCUCCCCUUGAAAAUAGCUUUUAAACACAUGAAAUACUGUCAGUGUCAUUCAUAAAAAGCAACUUAAACCAACACUGCAAGUGAGGCCAUUUCAGAUCAGCAAGAAAAAUAUCUUUCCUAAGAGUAUACUACCAAGGACAUAGAUAAAUAGGCUGUAUCAUGUGUUGCUGUUAAAAUAAUAAAGGAUAUAGUAAAAGGGAAAUGGUUGAUUGUCAUUAAGAGCAACUGAAUCUUUAUGUGUGUAAUAAGAAUUGUAAUACAUUCCACUGUCAUGUAUUUAAAAAAAAAAUGAAAAAGAGCAUCUCAAUCUUUGCCCCAGCAAUUCCAUUCAUAUGAAUAUUUGCAUGUGCAUGCAAAGACAUGUACGUGGUGUUCAUGAAGCUUUGUUUAUAAAAACAAAGAACUAAAAAGGACUGAAAAUGACUCAUUGGAGGAUUUGUUAAUUUGAUUUUAACAUUCCAUACACGGAAUAUCAUGUCACUAUUGCAAAUAAUAACAAUAAAGCAGUUCAACAUGAAAAAAUAUAGAACUCUUAUCUCCAAGAUAUAUUUAAAUAUAAAUAGAUAAAAGUACAGAAGUGUAUAUAUCAUGUUAACAUUGUUGGAAGGAAGGAAGAGAGAGAGGAAAGGAGGAAUGAAAGAAGGAAAAAAGGCAUAUCACAACAGGCUCUAUCAUGUGUUGCUGUUAAAAUAAUAAAGGAUAUAGUAGGGGAAAAUGGUUAAUUGUCAUUAAGAGCACCUGAAUAGGCAUAAAAUAUUUGGGAAAGGAUAUUUUCUCUUCAAGGUAGUCUCUAGAGAGGGAGAUAGUCAUCUGGGAAGAUUUACCUUCAACAGUAUGUCUGUUUGAAUUUUGUUCCCAGAACAUCUAUUACAUAGUCAAACAAAGUAAACCCAAUUCAAGACAAAGAAGGUCAGACCAGAAUGUUGUGACCCCUUCUUAGUAGCCACUGCACAAAACAGUUCCAUUCCUGAUGUGUGCAAGCCCACAUUCAUGUUUGCAAAUCUCUAUCACCAACCACCCCCCACCCCGCACACACACAAAAUGCCCUCCAACUCUUUUCACUUAUCCAUAAUUGUGUUAAUCAAAACUGAUUUUUGGUCAAUCAAUCUUCUCCGAGUAGACUGUUCUGACCACUCCUCUAUGACUUCCUGCUGGAUUUUGGUUUUUAUA